UAGUCUAUAUGUAAUCGAGAAUUCUAUGGCAGUAGUGGCAGUACAAAAAAAAGUUUAUUGAAUGUUAGCAAAAUUUCCAAAAAAUAGUUUUUGAAUAGAUUAUUUACAGAAAAUAAUGGCAAGUAUAGAAUUGGAUAUAUGGAGAGGGGAAUGGGGUCUGGCUUCGAUUGAUUCAGAAUGUCUUAAAGUUUUAACCUAUAUGAAAUUUAUUGGAGUGCCAGUAAAAGUGCGGGAAUCAAACAAUCCAUUUUUCACACCCAAAGGCAGGCUUCCAGUCAUGCGCGAUGGGCGCACCGUCCUUACUAAUUUUGAAGAAGUUGUUGAUCAUUUAAAGACCUUGCAUUACAGCACAGAUGUCCACUUAAACACCAAGCAAGCAGCCGAAGCCAGUGCCUUUACCCAGUACCUGAGUGAGAAACUCUACCCUGCAUACCAGUUUGCGUGGUGGGUGGAUGAGAAGAACUAUGCAGAUUUGACUCGGCCCACAUAUGCUAAGGCUUUGAGAAUUCCCUUCAACUUUUACUAUCCCUCCAGAUACCAAACAGCAGCUAAAGAGAUGAUUGAUGCUCUUUAUGGAGAGCAUACAGACCUUAGAGAAAUAGAAAAAACGAUAUACAGUGAAGCAGAAAAGUGCCUUAAAACCCUGUCAGACAGGCUCGGAGAGAGUGAAUAUUUCUUUGGUAACCGGCCCUCCUCAUUUGAUGCCACUGUGUUUGCUUACCUCGCUCCUCUAGUCAAGGCUCCCUUCCCUAAUGCAACGCUGGCUAACCAUGUUAAAGGCAUUGCUAACCUCACGAGGUUUGUUGCGAGGAUUAAUCAGAAGAACUUUAGACAGGUCACUGAUGAAUACAACAGACAAAACGCAAAGCAGCAGUCAACAGGCACGCAGUCCGACCGCGAGGCAGCCAACUUCCCGCACCAGACCCGCAACAAGCUGCUUGCGGCGCUGUUCGCCGCCAUCGCCAUGACGGGCUACGCCGUGGCCAAUGGCAUGUUCCAGGAUCUGAAAGAUUUCGAACACUCCCAAGACUACAGCGAGAUGUUUGAGAAUGACGAAGACGACAACUGACGCGCGUGGGAGCGCUAGCGCCGCCCGCGCUGGCCCGCUCCCGGCUCCCGGCUCCGGCCCGCUGCUAACUUGUAUAUUACUAUAUACCCCGGCAAGAUAACUUUGUCAGUAAACAAAGGCGCGGGAAAAUACUCUGGCUCACCCACUUUGUCAGUAGAAAAAGCCGUUAAAUUUAAAAAAGUAGGCGCGAAUAGUUGACUUCCCAUAAAAAAAUUGAAUUUCGCGCCUUUUUCUACUGACAAAGUGAGUGUGUCAGAGUAUAGCUUAAGUGAUCAAAUUUACCGCCUCUUCCUACUUACAAAGCUGGCUUGGUAGGAUAUAAGUUAAAAACUUAACAAGUGCUCUUCGUUCAAUUAAAAAGUCCGUGCGAGUUAGCUGUACGCCCAAAAAAGAGGGUUAAAUGGGUAAAAGAAGACAUUUUUUUUUCUUCAUGCAAAAAUUGAAACCCACUGGCAACUCAAGGGCACAGAAGACACGUGCCGUGCCUUUGUAUGCUAUUGGGGAUAUUAUUAUAAUAAGUAUUUCUUUAGUUACGAACUUUCUUGUUAUUUCUACGGACUAAAAGCACUUCUUAAGUUUUUGAGCUAUCUAAUAGUCUCGAUUUUAUUUCGUCAACGAUUCUGCAAAGCAAUAAUUGAGAUAAUGGGUUAUAUGAUGUGAUGAUACUGAUGAUUAUUAAAAUGGAUCUUUAUGUUAAAAGUCAAAUGGGUAAUGGAAGUCAAGUCACUUUAGUUCCUAUAAUCAUUUGUUUUAUUCUAAAUUAUCGUGUAAUUAAUUAAAAAUUUAACAUUGAUUUUAAUGGAGGUGACAUUACAGUGCAUAUUUUUAUUUUGUUGUUUAAAGCUGUGUCUUGCUUGGAUCAAAAAUAUUUUAAUGGUGACAUAUCUAACAAUGCAUUUAUAAUAGUUAUAGUGCUGUGUUAUGGUACAUGCCUCAAUUAUUUAACUGACAUUUUAUUAUACCGUUGAAAUUAUGGUUCACGUUUGAUGUGUAUUUUUUAAUAUAUUUAAAUGCAUAUUCUCAUACAUCUAAAGUACAAUGAAUGUUGUGACCACGAUCGAGUGGUCGGUAGUACAAUCACAAUUUGUUUUUUUAUUAACGGGUAUAUUUGACCAUAAAUUAGUCAUUUAGUACCUAGACUUUAAAAUAUAUUCAUUACAAAAUGGUGGUACACUUUUCUUUCAAUGUGUCUUGGUUUGUAAUUUAAAGUUACAAACCAAUUAGUGUUUCUGCAAUUUUCAUACCUCACUACAAUUUUAUUGCAUUGACUUUUAGCACAUUCAUUCCCUGAUUGAGGCAUGUAUUACGUAUGAAUUGAGUGCUUUGUGUAGACAAAACUUUAGAUAUUGUAAUUUGAAUGAUAAUUAUAUUGUUGGUUGUUAACUUAUUUGAUAACGCAUGAAUAAAGUACAUGCUCUGUUGA